AUGAAUCUCAUGAUAGUUGCUUCAGCCUUGAUGCUGUCUGUUUUGACAGUCAAUGCUGCUAAAUCAUGUGACAAUGAUGGGGAAUGUAAGCCUGGAUUUUUCUGCAAUCCAACAAAUGACCUUUGUGAGAGACAAUCUGAGGCAGGAGAUCCAUGUACAUUCAACCGUCAGUGCAAGGGAUCAUCUAAUUGUGAAGAAGUUCCAGGAAGUGACCUAGUUGAGAAAGUAUGCACUGAGAGAUGCCGAACAGACACCGACUGCGAGCAGUAUGUUAAACCAAAGCCCAGGCCCAAGGUAAAGUACUGCACUACUGGUGGGCUCGAAACACUUGUGAAAGGAUACUGUUUACCAACAAAGGGAGAAGGAGAGGACUGCAACAGGAGCCCAGAAUGUGAAGGCAAACUUUUCUGCAAACAUGGCACGUGUGUAGAGGCGGCAGAAGCUGUUACGUGUGAACUUGACUGUAAUGGUCCAAGGGAGAAGAACCCAAACAACAUCAAACCAGGAGACACAGUCAAAGUGACUUACUCAUGUACCUUCAUUAGAACUGGGGAGUUUGGACCAUUAUCCAUCAGGCCAAUUUUGAUGCUGAAUAAGAAGCCCAUCAAGCUUGAAAAUGCUCAAAAAGUAUCGGAUUCGCCAGUGACAAUUAGUGGUUCGAGAUCAAUGGUAGCCAGAAAGGGAGAAUUCUCAGCAGAAAUACAAGGGAUGAUGAAAGCAUGUAAAAACCAUCGAAAACUUUGCCGUGCAUCGAAACGCUGCAUCCUCUAGGCUUAAACAUGCAUACUGAAUAUUUUUGAAAUUAUAACAGAUGCAACAACUGGACCUGAAAAUCCUACUACUGAACUUAUAAUAAAAAUAGAACACAUCAUUUACUGUCCGAACUAAAUUAUGAACUAGUGUGUAAUAAAACAAAUUGUAAAUUUAAA